UUAAAAAAAAAAAGGGUAAUAAUGCCUUCACCUUCUACCUCCCAACUUCCACCUUUGACCUUUCUACUUUGAUCCCUUCUCUCUCUCUAAAAACAAGGUGAGAGUGAAUAAUAAUAAUAUUAAGUUUGAUUCCCUUACACGUUCCUCCAGUAUGAUAUUGUUGCUGAAAGCUAAAAACCAUCUGAAGAACACAAUAACGUUGCUUGGCAGAGGAGAAAGGAAGGUUUCGGCAGCAUUAAUGGAGAGUAGUACAUUGAUCAACGGUGGAGAUUCUUCUUCAUUGGUUCAUAAUAUGGAUAACAAGUCUAGUGGAGGCGUUGACGACGUGUACGGUGAGGAUAGUGCCACGGUGGAUCAGCUUGUUACUCCUUGGACUGUCUCCGUUGCAAGUGGGUACACUCUGCUACGUGAUCCACACCAUAACAAAGGGCUGGCCUUCACCGAAAAUGAGAGAGAUGCUCACUACUUGCGUGGCCUUCUGCCACCAGCAGUAUUUAAUCAAGAGCUUCAGGAGAAGAGAUUGAUGCACAAUCUUCGCCAAUAUGAUGUCCCAUUGCAUAGAUACAUGGCCCUAAUGGACCUUCAGGAGAGGAAUGAAAAGCUGUUUUACAAACUUUUGAUCGAUAACGUUGAGGAGCUUCUUCCUAUAGUAUACACUCCGACAGUUGGUGAGGCUUGCCAAAAGUAUGGUAGCAUCUUCAAGCGUCCUCAGGGCCUUUACAUCAGUUUGAAAGAGAAGGGUAAGAUCUCUGAAGUGCUUAAGAACUGGCCUGAGAGAAAUAUUCAAGUUAUAGUUGUUACCGAUGGUGAGCGUAUUUUGGGACUUGGGGACCUUGGCUGCCAGGGCAUGGGGAUUCCAGUAGGAAAACUUUCUUUGUAUACAGCAUUGGGAGGACUACGUCCUUCUGCAUGCUUGCCUGUAACCAUUGACGUUGGCACGAACAAUCAGAAGCUGUUGAAUGAUGAAUUUUACAUCGGACUUAAGCAUAAAAGAGCAACUGGGCAGGAAUAUGCAGAGCUUCUAGAAGAAUUCAUGACUGCUGUUAAGCAGAAUUAUGGAGAGAAAGUCCUAGUCCAGUUUGAAGAUUUUGCAAACCACAAUGCCUUUGAAUUGCUAUCAAAAUACAGUUCAAGCCACCUUGUCUUCAAUGAUGAUAUACAGGGUACAGCAUCCGUGGUUCUGUCCGGAGUUAUUGCAGCUUUGAAAUUAGUUGGGGGGAAGUUAGCUGACCAUAAAUUCUUAUUCUUGGGCGCUGGAGAGGCUGGAACUGGCAUAGCAGAGCUCAUAGCUCUUGAGAUGUCUAAACAGACAAAAGCACCGUUGGAAGAGACCCGGAAGAAGAUUUGGCUAGUGGACUCAAAGGGAUUGAUUGUAAGAUCCCGUAUUGGAUCACUUCAACAUUUUAAGCAACCUUGGGCUCAUGAGCAUGAACCAGUAAAGGAACUAAUUGAUGCUGUUAAGGCUAUAAAACCAACUGUGUUAAUCGGAUCAUCUGGAGUGGGAAAGACAUUUACAAAGGAGGUGGUUGAGGCCAUGACAUCCUUAAACGAGAAACCUAUCAUUCUGGCUCUUUCCAACCCAACAUCACAAUCUGAGUGCACAGCAGAAGAGGCUUACACAUGGAGCAAGGGUAGAGCCAUAUUUGCUAGUGGAAGCCCAUUUGACCCAGUUAACUAUGAAGGGGAAGUGUUUGUUCCUGGCCAGUCCAACAAUGCUUACAUAUUCCCUGGUUUUGGUUUGGGUUUGAUCAUCUCUGGUGCUAUUCGUGUACAUGAUGACAUGCUUUUGGCAGCCUCUGAGGCUUUGGCUGCUCAGGUGAGCGAGAAGAACUAUGAGAAGGGACUGAUAUACCCACCAUUUACCAAUAUCAGAAAAAUAUCAGCAAAUAUUGCUGCUAAAGUUGCUGCUAAGGUUUAUGACCUUGGUCUGGCUUCUCACCUUCCCCGUCCUAAAGAUCUCGUUCAGUAUGCAGAAAGCUGUAUGUACAGCCCUCUCUACCGAAAGUAUCGCUGAAGUUGCAGGACACUGAUUUUCCCUUGAACAGCUAGUGCUUUCAUUUAUAGUUCAAUUUUUUGCUGGCAUUGCCAUAUCAGCUGGCACCAUUUUUAUUUUGCUGUAUUAGUUUUGAUAAGUUCCAUAAGUAAUGAAUAAAAUAAUCAAUGAAUUUCAAUAUUGAUA